GGUCUGGAGAGAGUCUUGGUCCACAGGAUUAGAGUUCUUGAUGCUGCUAGAGACCAUCGGACAAGCACAGCUCCAAAGACGGUGCCGACGGCAAGUCAAGAACGACGCUACGGCGGACCGGCUGAAGGCUCCCACGCAAAAAUCUCCGCUCCCGCUCAGCAUGCAGGGAAGCGUUCGAAAAUGUGGCUUCUGGCAUUCGAAACCACCGCAGAACUCCCUCCCAACAUUACGCCGAAAUCGCUUCGGACAAACCUUGGUAUAAAGACAUUGUCUUGUCUAGUGUGACUCACAUCUUGGUCAAUUACUCAAAUACGCGUUCAGCUCGUGAUCGUGGUUUUGAAGAUUUGGAAAGUUGACAGAAGUCAUAUCUUAUCAAUCUGUUUCUUCUCCAUCUGGAAAUCGAUCCAGAGGCGACUCGGCUUUUUUUCUCCGGUUGUGUAGUCCAACCACAGUAUUCGUCCAGAUGGCUUCCUCGAGAGAACAGGCUGCCGCUAUGGAGCUGGCAGGCUAUGGUUCCAAGGAGGCACCAGUCGUUGAUGAUCAAGAAUUGGGAUCCGAGGGCGUUAAUCUGGCUCGUAUCGAGCGCGUAUACAAGAAGAUCGAUCGCAGAAUAAUCCCUCCAUUCUGGAUACUCUACUUUCUCUGUUCGGCCAUCCGAUCCAACGUUGGUCUAGCACAGACUAUGAACUCGGCCCAAGGUCACGACCUUUCUGAUGUGCUCAAUCUGACGCCGAAGCAAGUCUCGACCGGUCUCGCUCUCUUCUACGUCUGCUAUGUUAUAUUCGACUGCCCUUCCAACCUUAUCAUGUCGAAGCUCAGCCCACAUGUAUGGAUGAGCAGAAUCGUGCUGAGUGUUGGUAUCAUCGGUACUUGCAUGACAGCUAUGAAAGCGGCCUGGAGUCUUUAUUUGUUACGCUUACUGUUGGGUAUUGUCAUUGCUGGCAUGUGGCCUGGUAUGACCUACUAUCUCAGUCUGUAUUACCCACCUUCGCGCUGUGCGAGACGUAUUGGUCAUUACUAUACCGCUGCGCAACUUUCUGCCGCUGUCGUUGGUCUUGUCAGUGCCGGGUUCCAGAAGAUGGAUGGACUCGGUGGGCUCGUAGGCUUCCAAUGGAUGUUCUUGAUCUACGGCCUGUUGGCAGUCAUCCUGGGCAUCGUGUUGCUCUGGUGGCUGCCCGAUCGCCCUCAUCCGCCAGGUGAGAAGAUUGAACAGCCCGUUGGUUGGAGACGUUUGUUGCCGCGAAGCCCACCUGUGCUCACCGGAGAGGAUGCUCGCAUUCACUAUGAAGAAUUGACCAGAGUUUACCAUCGCCCUUCGUGGGGAUGGAAAGAUUUGGGUCGCGUGCUCAUUGACUGGCGUCUCUGGCCUCUGGUCGUCAUGUACUUUGGUGUCGUAGGCGUUGGUAUUGGUGUUCAAAGUUAUGGUACUGUCAUUAUUCAUGCCAUCAAUCCCAGCCUGAGCAGUAUCAACCUGUCUCUUCUCUUCGCACCAAUCUGGAUCAUGGAUCUCAUUGCCAUCCUCCUCAUCACCCCUCUAAGCGAUCGCUUCCACACUCAUCGCCACGUCAUCUUCAGUCUCUCCUGUCUCGUCAUCCUGGCUGGUCUUCUCACUACCACCUUCGCUGGUGGCAACGAUAGCUGGUCGAGAUACGGAGGUCUUCUGAUCAUUGGCUUCGGUCUCGGCCCUACUGUUCCUACUAUCAUGGCAAUGAGCACAUCUAUCUUCCAACCUCGCCAUGGUGAAGUCGGUAUCGCCGCAGCCUCUGCUCUGGUUUCCGGUCUCGGCAAUCUUGGAUCUAUUUUGACCACUUACGCUUUGUACUCCGGAUGGCCCGCCGAUGCCAAGGGCCCUCACAAAUACAGAAAGAGCAACCUGGUCAUGGUAGGUAUGGUGUGCGCCAGUAUCGUAGCGAGUGGUGUCAUGGUCUUGUUGCUCAGAUUGACCAGAACUGAGGGCGCCCAGGCUAUCGAGGAUGCUGUCGAGAACAAGGAUAUCAUGAUUGAUGGCGCCGCCAAGCGCGAGUUGAAAGAGCUCAGAGAACAGCAAGGAUUCAGUCUGAACAGACUCAAGGUGCACAGAUAGACGGGCACGGCGAUAUAGAUGUACAGUACAAUUAUAAAUGUAAUACAAUAAUAGACAGGAUUGGAUUGAUCACAUAGAAACGGGGUUUCAACCGCGUGGUCGCUCCUUCUCUUUAUGCUAGA